AUGAGAAAUCUCAAGUUUAAGGAGUUCAGAGAUCAGCUCAAGUCUUCUAGCAGAUUUUUCCUUGGUUCCAACAAAGUCAUGCAGGUAGAACUAGGCCGUUUAGUCGCCGAUGAGAUUCAUCCCGGCCUCCAUAAGAUUUCAAAGUUUCUUCCUUCUUUACCAACCAGUCCUUGCUGCAUGCUCGAGAAAGUGGAGAGUAAGAAGGGGGUGUAUGUUAAGUUUAUUGAGAGUAAGGAUGAGGAGGAGAAGCGGGUGAAUAGGGAGGUGUACAAAGUAGCGAGGAAGGAGGUCAAGUUAGCUGUUACGGCGGCUAAGACAACAGCGUUUUGA